ACGGCGGUGGGUGGUGCUGUUACUUAUCAGAGACUGUAUUAACUGGUGACGGGAUACUCUUGAGUUACUCUCCGUGUUAGAUACGCCCUGGCAUUCUGAUUGCAUUAAAAUAAAAUCAUUAUACUGCGAUGACGGGCAAGAGCAUGUGAUCAGACACUGAGUCACGAGUUGGUGCGACCAGUCUGAAGCGUUAAUGUAUGGUUAUAUAUAACUUUCCGUGAGCAGAGGCUUGCUGAAGAUGAGGCUGGAGAGAGCGACGGACAGUAGACAGUAAUCCUAUCAUUGAUACCACUGGUGAUCCUACUGUUGUUGCUGCUGCUACUGUUGCUGUGGCUGGUGUCAUCAGCAUUCCGACCAUGUCUUCUGCAGUCUGGUAAGCCGUACCACCGUCAGGAGCGGUGGUGGUCAUCGGUGAGGAGUGGAGCAUGUGGGCGUGGGCGUGAGGAUGUGCGCCUGCCUGUGGGUAGGGGUGGUGGAGGCGGCGCAGUACCUCCUAUGGGAGGCGGCGACGCUGGUGCGCCCCCCGGCGCAUGUGGUGCUGGUGGGUCUCGACUCUUCCGGGAAGACAACAGCGCUCUUCCGCCUACGCUAUGGACAGUACGUGAACGCCGUGCCUACGGUGGGCUUCAACACGGAAAAGGUACGUGCUGGCGGCGGUCACUGGCUAGUGUGGGAUGUCGGGGGCGCGGAGAGGGUUAGACCCUUGUGGCGCUCCUACACCCGAGCCACCGACGCUCUCAUCUUCGUUGUGGACUCCAGCACCUGCGAGGAACGCCUCGAGGAGAACCGUGUGGAGCUGCAGCGACUGACGAAGCAGCAGACAGCGCAGUGCGUGGCGCUUAACAGGCCACGUCCACCGCUACUAGUUCUGGCCAACAAGCAGGACCUGCCUGGUGCCAGGGAGCCACAACACCUCGCUAAGGCAAUGGGUCUGCCCGAACUGCCUGACUCUCAGCCCUGGGUGGUGGCUCCAGCCUGUGCUGUCACUGGAGAAGGCCUCGACGAGGCAAUGACUAUGUUACACCAGCUCCUGAAGAAGAGCAGACACACCAGCAGGUGCUAACUCCACUCAUAUACACGAGGCUAUAAUACUAAGGACACUAUGUGAUCCUUUAUUUUCUCUAAUGGAGUGGUAGCCUAAUACCCGCAUCAGAAGGCAUGUUUCCCGUCGAACAAAACACUACCACCCCUCCUUACCCCGGGGGCUGUCGAAGCACUCUUUCCAUCUACGACAUCUGAGGAAGCUUCCGGCCCAGGGAAAAGGCUUCUCCAUCUUUCACCCUCCAAGGCUAUUUUCCUUCUCCGUGAACACCGCAUAUGCACAGCUUUGAACUCGUGUCAGCUGCCCUAACUAAUUUUGAAGUGUGACAGCUCCUACAGUUGCUGCGUGGGGCCCCGUCAAAUCUGAUGUCCUUUAACUCCAGCACCUGUUACUCGGGAUACCUUCCUUAACACAGCGUUGCAUUAACUCCUGCUACUGAGUCAGCCUCAGGUGCUCAUCAACUGACACCAUCUCUCUUUCUCCAUCAACUCCAAAAGCUAAUUACCCUUACAAAAGCAAAGUGUGAAGUUCUGGGACUCACUGUGUUCUGAAGAUCAGUGACCUCUAGCCUCCACGCGACCUCUCGCCUCCAGGUGACCUCUCGCCUCCCGGUGACCACACGACAGCUGGAGACCUUGAGGACUCUUUAAGUGCUCGCUGCGUUGUAUACCCAUAACAGCCUAGUGCUUGUUUUCAGAUAUAGUAAUAAUUUAAAUAUUCGUCUUAUCAAGCUACUUCAUGGAAAGCCUCGUUCCUUAGUCAGUCGCCGUCAGCGUUAAAGAUCCCUCUGGCGUGAGGGAUAGGAACAGAUGGGACUUGGCUUCAUCGCGUUGCUGUGGGGAGUGUAUAGGAAAAAAUCUGGCGCCUGAUAAUGUGUGUAGUGGAUUCUAUAAGACCAAUUUGCGUUAAUUGGCGAUGUAGAGGCUAGUUAAGGGUCACUACUGUAAGUGCAGGCAAGUGGCCAGCGUCUCAGUGUCGCCAUAUGUAUAAGAGGUGAGAGGGUAGCACAGUAAUUCACAUUCAUUAUUACUCAGAGUUGCUGGUGAGUGGGUAGCACCACCAGUCAGAGCCACUCACCGUUGCUGGUAAGUGGGGAGCACCACUAACAGUUGCUGGUUCGCUAACUGUAUGUUCGCAAGGAAAAUGAACGCGUUGACUCAGAGGGAGAGACGGUCUCAUUUCCCAAGGUUGAUGUGCGUGAGCGGGAGAAGAGGAAAUGAGCAAUUACAUCAGCACCUUGUUUAGACGACCUGCGACACCACCAGGACCCCCAUGGGACACCGCCAGGACCCCCAUGGGACACCGCCAGGACCCCCAUGGGACACCGCCAGGACCCCCAUGGGACACCGCCAGGACCCCUGGUGUCACCAUCAUGACCUCCCCCAACGAUCUGCCUGCUGACACCGCCAGGUCCUCGGUGAUCAACGUCGAAGUUCAUCUUGUUGCAACACUCGUGAAGUGCAGAAAUUAAUGCAGUCAUUGCUAACACAUUGUGCAUUUAAUUACAGGAAUAUUUUUAUGCAACAGCAACAACUAGUGUCUUUAAAGCGUGCGUUAGCAAGCAUGUACCGUAGAGAAUAUUUAGUUUGUGGACGUUACUCUUUGUUAAGGUAAAGUUCCAAUUUUGGAAACAAGUUACCUUAUUUAAAUGAUAAUACCAGCAAAAGUAAAAAAAAACGACAUGCAGCGCCAGGAAACGUUUCGCCCACCAGGGACUUGAUUAGACCAAUCCAGGUAGGCGAAACGUAUCCAAUGAUAUUACUUGACGCUGCAUAUCUGACACUCACACACUUAGAAGCAAAGUUAGAUCACCUGAAGUUUCGCCCGCCUCACUGGAGAGACAAUAGCGUAUUAUAGCUAUUAAAAUUCUUAGAUAAAUUUAUACUACUUCAAUUUUAGCAAUUCUAUGCAAGGUUGCCAUGUUUUGGUAAAAAAUGGGAUAUUAAAUUUCAUUAUUUUCCUAGAGGUAAGGGUGACUCUUGAGAUGACCCUGAAAAGCCUUUGCUGAAGAGUUCUAAGACCUGCGAAAAGGCGUUCCUAGGAAGGUCUUUGAAAAUGUUACAAUAAUGCCUUAGUAAAGGUGUUAUCAAGGUCUUUGUAAGGCAUUGUAGGGAAAUUUAAAAAAUACGGCAAGCACUAGGAUAUUCUGUUAGUAACCGUCUCGGUCUGGGACCAUAGUCACAUUGUACUGGGAUUUUGUUCGAUAUUUUACUGGAACCGUUUCGGCCUUUUGACUGAAAACGUUUCGAAUGAAAUAUCCUAGUGUUUACAUUUUGUGAUUCCAGCAACAUGUGGGUAGCUCAGAGCAUGUUUUUACCACUGUAAGGAAGGUCUCUGAAAAGGCGUUAUAGAUAAAAGGUACAACAUAAAGGGAGUCUUUAUAGAAUAUUAUCAGUGAGGUCUUGGAAUGGUGUUACACUCUAGUGUGUUCUCGGGAAUGAAACUGAGAUUAGGUUUAACUAUGCAAUAUUUCCCCGCGUGUUGGUAACCGGAUGUUGUACAGUAACUAAAUGGUUAUAACUGACCAUAAUUUUUAAAGGGGUGGACCAGUAAGCCAGCGGAAGGCCUCGGUCAGAUGACCAAAAGCUCCAACGGCGGGUCAUCAUCUGACUAAGACCCGGUCAGGAAACACUUGUCCUGUUUUCUGACGAACCUAACCUAAUCUUACCUAACCGGACGUUGUGUUCGAUUACGAAGCUUUAAAGUUUUUAGAAUUAUGUAAGGAACGUAUUCAGCUGAUUGUGUGUGUGUGUGUGUGUGUGUGUGUGUGUGUGUGUGUGUGUGUGUGUGUGUGUGUGUGUGUGUGUGUGUGUGUGUGUGUGUAUGCGUGUGUGCGUGUGUGCGUGUGUGCAUAGCAGGUCUUAAUGGCAGACUAUAGAUGCCUAUAGUUACUAUGCAUUAAGGUUGAAUUUUCUAUUAUUAUUGAUCAAAUGAAUAACACUGAAUUAUUCUUGCACUGUUAUGGCUCACCAUUACACUGCUUUCUUUAUUUAUAAUAAACACACACACACACACACACACACACAC